GCCAUCUUGAAAAUGAAUUAAGUUGAUCCAGACGUGUUUUUAGCUUCUGUCAAAUCGGAAAAGCUCAUAUCGCCCACAUUGAGCCAUUUAAAUCCCGAGACACUCCCAACUACAACCAAACUUCGACCUGUCAACAGCACCUAAGAUAUCGCCUUGAACACCAUCUAAACAAACAGGAGCCGAAAUGGAGGCUCAUGGCUCAGGACGUUUGUCCAGGAAAAGAAAGAGAGAAGGGUCCAAUGGGGAGGCAGAAGAGGGAGAGAAACAAUUGAAGCUUAAACGAUACACAGUGGGUCUGAAAUAUCCAGCUCCAUACGCAGACCAACUUGAAUCAAUGGAAGAUAAGCCAUAUGAGCGUCUCACCAUUGAAGAAGCUCGCAGAGGCACUCCACCUGACAGGCCUGUCCGGGUGUAUGCUGAUGGGAUCUUCGACAUGUUCCAUUCAGGACAUGCCCGAGCUCUCAUGCAGGCCAAAUGCCUUUUUCCCAACACACACCUCAUUGUUGGCGUGUGCAGCGAUGAUCUCACACACACGUUAAAGGGCUUCACUGUCAUGAAUGAGGACGAACGUUAUGAUGCGAUUAGUCACUGUCGUUAUGUGGAUGAAGUGGUCCGGAACGCUCCGUGGACCCUUACACCAGAGUUCCUCACCAAACAUCGGAUUGACUUUGUGGCCCAUGACGAUAUCCCCUAUGAAUCAGCUGACAGUGAUGAUGUUUAUAAGCACAUCAAAGAAGCAGGAAUGUUUGCACCGACCCAAAGGACAGAGGGCAUUUCCACCUCUGACAUCAUCACACGUAUUGUGCGAGAUUACGACGUAUACGUCAGACGAAAUCUUCAGCGUGGCUACACGGCUAAAGAGCUCAACGUCAGCUUCAUCAACGAAAAGAAGUAUAACCUUCAGGAGCGUGUUGACAAGGUGAAGAAGAAAGUGAAGGACGUGGAAGAAAAGAGUAAAGAGUUUGUGCAGAAAGUGGAAGAGAAGAGCAUCGACCUUAUCCAGAAAUGGGAGGAGAAAUCCCGCGAGUUCAUUGGCAACUUUCUGCAAAUGUUUGGACCAGAGGGAGCAUUGAAACACAUGCUGAAGGAGGGAAAAGGCAGAAUGUUACAGGCCAUCAGUCCGAGGCAAAGUCCCAGCAGCAGCCCCACACGCGAGCGCUCGCCCUCCCCGACUUUCCGUCUCCCAUUCUUCAACAAGGCCUCCCCUCCCUCAUCCCCUUCCUUCGAGCACAGCGCCGCCCUGUCCAGCUACAACUUCGCUGCCCGUGGACAGGCCAUCAGCGAGGAUGAGGAGGACGAUGAAGAUUAAAGUGCAUCUGAACUCCAUGCACCUGUCUUCCAGCACUGGCGAUUGAACCUCGAAAGCCAAGCAAUCCUUACACACUCAAUAAGUUUCGCCCUCUGUAUUUUCGCUGACUUAAAAGAUAUGAAGAUUUAAAACGAAGCACCCAGUGUGCACUGUCAGUCUAGAGGCUUAUUGUAAAAUGUAGUGACAUCAAGUCAUUGUGUCAGUGAUGGGAUGCGUAUUAAAAACUUUAGCAUGUCGUUUUAAAUAAUGCAGGAUUGACAGGGGUUUUAAUUGCAUUUCAGAAUAAGAAUACAUGGUAUUAAUACUUUUUUUGUUCAUUUAAAGUUCAGUUUGAAUGAUUUUAUUGUUUUUAUUAUAUUAUAUAGUUGUUAGAUAUUACUAAGUUCAUGUUCCUUUCCUUGAAAUGGGCAAAAUUAGCGAGCAAAUGUCGAAACCAUUAUUUGCGCAAUCAUGUGUUUGGCAUGCAUGAGUUGUCCUGUCUGUGCAAGAGGUAAAAAAUGAAAAUGUUUUUAUCAUGUGACACAUUGUCAGUGUUGUGUUUAAUAAUUAAAAAAAGUUGUCGAAAUUAAACAACUGCAAGAUUUUAAGCAUGACGUCAAGUGCAUAAUCAAUUUAAAAUGACAGCUUGCUUAAUCGAAUGACUUUUGGAUAUUUGUGUCAUGCUUAUGAGCAGAAUUACAGACUUUGCUCCAACCAGAUUGUGUAAACUAUAUGUUUAACAUACACAGAUGGUCAAAGUUAAAGGCGGAGUCCACGAUGUUUGAAAAACGCGUUGGAAAAGGAGACGGGCCGACUACCAAAACACACUUAUAGCCAAUAAAAUCAAAUCAAAUGCCGGUUUGCGUAUGUGUGGGGCGGGUCUAUCAACAGAAGGUCCAGAUUCUAUUGGGGUAGGGGCGUGUUUGUUUAGGUGAUUUCAAAUAUCAACAUUGGCUUUCAAACAUCAUGGACUCCGCCUUUAAAACAAAUGUAAGUCUUUUGUUACUGUUACAACCUGACCACAAAAAUCCUGCUUAUCUCUCACUGUGAUUGGUCUAAAAAUCUUAAAGGGAUAGACCACAAAAAUUUAACAUGUGACAAUUCACUCACUCUCAUGGUGUUACAAACGUGUAUAAAUUUCUUUGUGCCGAUGAACACGAAGUUAGAUAUUUUGAAGAAUAUUUGUAACCAAACCGAUCACGGCGCAUUCACACGGGGCGUCAGCGUUAACGCUUAACGGAAGGAUUGUCUGAAGCGUGGCCAACAGCCAAUCACAGUGGCCGCUACACAUGCUCCGUUCUACCAUAAACGUAAUUGGCUGGCUCUGUCUAGGUAAUUUGCAUAAGGCGAUCUGAUUGGCUGACGCACGCGUUGCCGCGUGAAAAGUUGAGAAAUGUUCAACUUCUGCCGCGAGCAACGGCACUGAACGCAGCGCCGACGGAUCCACAAUUCAGUUCGGCAACGCAUGACGUCACCCAUUAAAAGUGAAUGGGAAGCGUUAACGCUGACGCCCCGUGUGAAUGCGCCGUCAGAGGCCCCAUUCACUUCCACAGUAGAUAAAAAUAAUACAAUAGAAGUCAAUGGGGCCUCUGAUCGGUUUGGUUACAAACAUUCAUCAAAAUAUCUUCCUUUAUGUUCAUCAGAACAAAGAAAUAUAUACACGUUUGUAACAACAUGAAUGAGUAAAUGACAAUAUUUUAAUUUUUUAGCAAACUAUCCCUUUAAGAAUCAUCCAAGUUCAGUUUUAAGGGCUUUGGUCUCAAGCUUGAAUAUUUUACAUUAUUCUGUACUAUUUUUUGUAAAAUUAGUUUUAGUUUAAAUCAAACCAACGGAGCUGUUGAUAAUACCCAAGACAUUAACUACAGGAAUAUUACUGGUUAGACUAAAUCUACUGUAAAAAAAUGUGAUCAAGUUUGUUUACGGUCAUAACUGAUAGCCCACCACAGAACAUCUGAUAGCUGUCAAAUGUAUUUUUAUGUAUACCUAUGGACUGCAAAGACCAGUUUUGGUAUUGUGUUUUGAGAUGAUACUACCAGUGAUUUAUAAAGUAUGCCCUCUUUUGUCUUGUUUCGUGCUGAUAUUAAUUUAAACUCAAACUGCUGUCCGGACUUGCACUGAUUUUAAGUUUCACUCUGUGAUUUAUCUGCAAAUAGUUGUUUGAAGCUUCAGGUGGUAAUGUCUGUGUUUUCCGGUCUCUGACUUUCCCUUUGCACAAAUUAAGUGGAACUAGGAGAGGAUUUUGUUAACUGGCUUCCCAGUCCUGUCAGCUUGUGAUUGUACAGGAUGGCGUAUACAGGAGGACAAAUAAAUGUGUAAAGAAAUGAA